AUGAAGGCAGAGCAAAGCUGCGUGGAGACGCCGGCGACUCUCCGGGAGCUCAAAGACCCGCUCCAAGGAGACGAGGAUGCCGCUGAGAAGCAAGACGAAAGCCAUUAUGUUGAUUUGGAGUUAGUGGACGAGAGCACAGGCGGGACAAAACCGGGGAAGGACUGCGGCUUUGGAGGAAGAAGAACCCAAAUGUCUGUCCUUAUUAACGGCAGCGGCGCCGGAGCUCUGCGCGCAACAGAACCAAUCCAGGAGGUGGGGAUUAAAACUAAUAUCGAAACAAAGACUAAAGAUGAUUCUGAAAUUGUGAAACGUGUAGGAGAUGUCAAGGAGUGUCCCUGUGAUCCAUCACAAACCCGUUGUCUUAACGCAGAGUCAGAGGAUCGCCUCAAACCUAGGGAGGAAAACGAGCGCGCUAUUACGCAGCCCGAGGUGUCCAACAGAGAAGACAGCAAGAACCCUCCUCCAGGUGAGAAACUAGACUGUAGUGAUGACUAUCUGAACGGGAGGAGUGAGUCCGAUGAGGAGGAGGAGGAGGAGGAGGAGGAGGAUGAUGUGAGUGUCGUGCUUUCGGACGAGUGCAUCCCGUACGUAACAGAGGAUGAGUCCCAUUACAUUACCACGCACGAGAUCCAGCUCUUGGAGCUCUCCGACCACGAGGAGGACUACGACCUCGGGGUUGAAGACGACAACCAGGUGUACUCCUUCGUGGAUUACUCCUCGUCGGGCGGUGAUGGCGUGGCGGGGGAGAGGGGGGACGCCUGCCAGCCUCGCUCCCGGGACGCAGCAGUCAGCACUCUGGAUGAAAGUGAUCCGUGCGAUGGGGCCAAGUUCACCAGCUCAGACGAGAGUGUGUCAAAGCUUCAGCAGCAGCAGCAGCAGCAGCAAGAGCAACAGCGCAGUGGCAACAGCACCGGACAGAUCCACCUGUCAAUCAGAACCACUUCUCGAGCUAUAAAUGACCCUGGCAGCAUCCAAGAACAGGGGGAUAUCCUUUAUCAUGCCAGGCGGUCCGGGGACAUGAGUCGCUGUGUGUUUAGGGGAGUUGAUGGGAAGGCAGAGACGCUGUGUGACAGGGCGAAGUGUUUCAUAGCCGCGCCUGGACGCUUGCACUUUGGCCGCAAAUUGAGAGGGAAAGAGGUCACCGGCUAUUCCAGCGGCGCGUCCAGUGCUGUCAGCGAGCUGGACGACGCUGACAAGGAGGUGCGCAACCUGACAGCCAAGUCCUUUAAGAGCCUGGCGUACCCUUACUUUGACGCCAUCAAUUUCAGCACCUCCAGCGAGUCCUCCGCGUCAGAGCACGGGAAAGGGCUAAACAGGUGGGCCACGUUUGUCGACCUGAAAUAUGGCAACAUGAACAUGUCAGGGGGACUGGACCAAAGUUUGGUUCCCCAUCCGAACUCAGCAACCUCGUUUGAAAUAGCCAAGAAUAUAGACAAUAGGGGUUAUAAGGGCAUCGCGCUGGCCAGCAUCAAACCGCCCUCCAGCAAGAUGUUCACUCUGAAUGGCGACCCCCACGGCGCGUCGUCAUCAAAGCAGAUCGAGCUGAUGGGGGGAUUCAGUCAGGGCCACAGAGGGGUGAUACGACUCACGGAGACUCUGAAUUUCCGUUGCAAUGUCAAAUCGGGAAUGCCCGGGGGAGAAAGGCACACUAAGUUUGCACAAAACGCUGCAGGAUCACGUUCCGCAGAUGAAGUUACCAACAGUUUGCCAAGCGGCCAGAGGAGAGGGGCCAGCAAGUCGCCCUCCAAAACCAUGGAAGACACGCACAAGAAAGCCGGAUUCGCCUCGAGCCUGAUCAAAAAUGUCAUUUCUAAAAAGAUGCAGUUCGAGCAGGAACGCAAGAUGGAACGAGGGGAGAUAAGCGAGCUGCAUCCGACCCAGACGGAGGGCCACAGGGAGAAGGGGAGCAGGGAGCUGCGCAGACAGAGCUCCAGGUUUUCCGAGAGCAGCGCAGAGUACGCCGUAAUGUGCGUGGAUGAGUUGGGGGACUUCGUGGACAGCGGCUCGUGCGACACCAGGAGCGACUCCCAGAGACGCGAGGCGGCCGCUGCAGUACCUCUGACUCAUUUGGAACCGGCCGAUGAAGCAGGGAUCGCAGCUAAAAAAGGCGAAUUGGAAGCGUCCAAAAGCACGCUGCUACGGAGCCAAAAUAGCGCCUUCCGAUGCUGGAAGGACGGGGAGCUAGAGUUUCAAACGGAUCAUAAAAACGAUCAGAAGUACUCCUCGGCUGACGGCAGAGAGGGCGAGGGGGGUCAGAGCUCAGCGGACAGAGGCAAACUGACUAAAAUGUCACAUUUGUUUGUGCCAAGUAUCCAACAGCUAUCUAGUGACGGAGAAGCCGGGCAGCAGCUGCGGAACAGGAAUCAUGCUCCAUAUGGAGACGGAGAGGAGAUCAAACUGCGCUCUGACAACACGUUAUACGUCGCAGACUCCGGGAGCGCAGCGACAUCUAAAUCUCCAGAAAUUAAAAUCAAUUUAAGGAGCGUCAGAGACAGUAAAACGGAGCCGUUUGGCGUCUCCAAACUGCGCGCUCCUAAUAUAGGCUGUACCGCAGCCAGCUUCUCCAGAACGGACGACCUGAAAUGCCAGGCGCUGGCUGCGGCUUUGAAGGGUGAGUCUUCAGAUAAAGUACCGCAUUUCAUGGUUCGAGACAUUAGAGAUAACAAAGGGAAGCUGCAGACGCCCAUACACCAGGUGAGAGACGUGCGUAAAUUGGUUAAAAGCUCCUAUCACUGUGUCUCUUUGGAUAACAACGAAACAAAAUCCGAUACCCACUCAGAACAAAAGAAGCAAAUGUCCUAUCGGAAUCCUAAUUCCGUGUCCCCAAUAGUGAUCAAAUGUCAGUCUGUGAAUACAAAUAGUAACGGGAAACAGUCUGGACAUUUUGGCGAGUUAUCUCAACGGGAGCCGUUCGACACGGACAGGUCGUCUCCAGAGGGCGCUAAACAUGCUCAUCUGCAAAGGGCAGCAGGGAGAGCACCCUUAGGUAACCCCAGUGAUGCUUCAGAUGGAGUUGUUGGGUUGAGGAUUGAAAGCAGAGCAUCUUCAAAGAAGCAGGACAAAAUAUCAGAUAUCAUAGAUAAGAAGCCUGAGUCAAAGAUUGCAAACCAGGGGCCUUUGGAAAAACUCCAGGCCGCAGUGAAAACCAUGGAGCAGCUGUAUAAGUUUGAAAAAAAUGAAUGGAAAAGGAAGAAUGAGCCCCAUCUCCUGACAGACAGCCACGUGCUCUCACUGAUAUCCAGUGAGCAGCACGGAGGACCUGAGGAGGACGGAGCUAGAGCGUCCUACAUGGACAGGCCGGCCAGAGGAGACUCCUAUCUUGACAGUGGAAGGACGCCACCAGCGUUAGCCUCGUACCUUGGAACUGACAGCCUGCUACGGCGAGAGGAGAAAGACCCCCCCGUGGUAUUCCAGACUCCCGGUAGUCGUGAGGACAGGCUGGUUGCGAGGACAAUGCAAGGUGCUGGGAACAAAAACAUGUUCAGCCUCAGCUCUAGCCUCAAGCCCCAGCCAAACACCAUCCCUCAAACAUCUUUCGGCGCCAAAAGCUUCGCCCAAAAGUCCCCAAAAUUGCCUGUGUCCUUAAAAGUCAGCCGGACAAAGCCAGGUGGAAAUGAAGGAGCCGAUUCUAAGGAGGUCGAGUGGUCCACACAGGAGCUCUUUAGCGCCUCAGCUGACAGCGAGAACUACCUAACCAUUCCGGUAAAGUCUCACAACAGCAGCAACAAACAAGACUCAUCUGCUGAUAAAACAUCAGUGUACACAUUUACCACCCAGACACAACCACACACUCCUUCAGGACACUGGGGCUGCGGAGCCAGGGGCUAUGAAAACCACAACCAGUCCCCUAAACGCUCCAGCAUUGUGAUGGACACACGCUCACCUGAGAUCCCUCCUGCUACCAUCUACCACUCUUUGCCAUUUGGCAUGUCCACCAAUCAGCCUCAGGUGUACUGCUUCUCUCCGGCAAUCACCCCCGCUCCAACCCUGGACCCCUUCCAGGCCACUCAGAGGAAGAUGCUCCUGGAUCCCACCACUGGGAGCUACUACCUGGUGGACACUCCUGUGCAGCCGGCCACCAAGCGCCUCUUUGACCCCGAAACAGGCCAGUAUGUGGAUGUUCCCAUGCCGCAACCUCCCAUGACCCCGGUGCCCAUGCCCAUCUCACCUUUCAGCCCAGGAGCAUACGGACACACCUACAUGAUCUACCCAGGCUUCAUUCCGACACCAUCCGUGAUCCCGGCCAGGACGCUGGUGCAAUCGCAGAUGUCGAUGCAGUCAGAUGCCGAGGGCGGAGAGAAAGCCCUGCAGCAGCAGGCUGAGGGCAUGUACAUGGAGACUCCCUACUACAUGGCCACCGGAAAGUCUCCCCAGGCGGCCUGCAGGGCUCAACAGCAGGCCGCCGCCAACAGGCCGCCACAGGGUUUCUCCAACGUCAAGCAGCCAGUCAUCAGCAUCACCUCCCAGCAGGGUCCGCGGAUCAUUGCUCCGCCCUCGUUCGAUGGGACCACCAUGAGCUUCGUGGUGGAGCACAGAUAA